AUGCGAUCUCCUCCUGUCUCCAGAAAUCUUGUCAUGAAGGGCAACGAAGUUGUUAUCGAGCCUGACUACAAGGCCCCAGCUGCCGGCGUUCCCAUUGGGGCCCUCGGCGUCUUGUUUGCGGUGCAGACUGGGCGAGUGAGGUUUGUGCUUGACGAUGAAGCCUUCGAGCUCAAGGUCAAGGGGCAGUCAGAGCAACAGCUCGACGACAGUGGCGAGAACAUUGUUGUAGGAGGAGCGAACAGAUGGAAAUACCCAACCUGGGUGAACUAUGACUUCUUCCCGUCACUUGAGUUUCCCAUCCUCGUUUACUUCAAAGAGAAUCAGACUCCUCAGGAGAAGUGGGGAAAGGGCCCCGGAGGUUUUGACAACAGAAACAACGGACAGAUUCACUUCUUCCCUGCCAUCUGCAACACUGAGCAGCUCAACAAGGUCUUCAUCGAGAAGGGUCUCCCAUCUGAGCGGUACAACCCCAAGUAG